GAAGUUCUAGCGGCUUUGCAGAAAGUGAUACCAAAGAAUUUAUCAAAAGAUAGGAAAAAGAAAGCGGAGGACAAGGAUGUGUAUCGUGGAAUUAAUCUCCAAAUGGCAUAUUACUUCAAACCCACAGAAGCGAGGCAUUCAAUUCUAUUGAAGGACAAAAAUGUCACAUACCAAGGCUUCAGCAUAUUUCGAAAAACCCUGGUGAUUAUUGUCGAGCCCUUGGGCGGGAUCAUUGAGUUUGGUGGUGGCGUCAAGGUUGCAUCUUCGAUGUCAAUUGAUGACUACAUGGGUCAGGAGUAUUCCUCUGACGUUGACGAACCCAGUGAUCAGCAGACUAACCAAAUUAUAACAAUCGAUUAG